UGUUUUCAUUUCUUUUAUAAGAUAUCUGAAAUUCAUUCUCGAUUGAAGUUCCUUUUCAAUAAGAAUGUACGCUUGUAUGUCAUAAAUCUUUACCUCCGACUUCUUUGCCAUACUAUCUUGCAAUCCUUUCAAACUCCCAAUGAAAGCUGGCACUGCUUAUAGAAUGUCUUCAUCCUUUCAUCCAUUUCAAAAACUAUCCGCUGAAGUUCGUGAAAUGAUAUGGAUGGAAGCCUUGACUCACGACCGCGUUAUCGUGUUUGAUUUCAAAGCAAAUCUCAAGAUGUGGCUACGCUUGACGCCAGAGCCCGCUCUUCUCUAUGUCAAUCAAGAAUCAAGGCAUUACGCAUCGGAAUACUACAAGCAAUUUAUAUGCCGCCCACACAACACAGCAUCAAAGACACAAACUACACACAUAAAUCCCGAUAACGAUAUUUGCUAUUUUCUCACUCCCAAUGGAUUAUCACCUGGCAACGAAGAGAUGUUUCAUAAGAUGUGUACAUUUCUUGAUGAUAAUUACCUCCCCUACUGUGCUGGUGUUCGACCAAGGCGAUGGGCUUUUGAUGUGAAAGUUCUCAUCUCACGUGGGGCGUCGGCCGAAUACCGCGGCAGGAUGUUCUUAUGGAUGGGUUAUGUGAUUAAACGGAUGUCAUAAUGUCAUAUAGUAUUAGGGGAUGAACAAGUUGAUGAAUUUUGCAUCAUGGUCACCGACGAGAAAACUACCGACGCCAUACGCCAAUCUGACGAGCUACAUCGUAUGAAAAUAUCAAAAGUUUUCACUGAAGCAUUGAGACCGAGAUUAGUAGCAGCAAAAGAGGAGUUCGAAAUGGAAAUUUUGAAGAUCUGUGAAAAUGUGGCAGUAUACCAGGGCCCCGAUGGCUCUGCUCAACCACCUGCUGUUUCAUUUGGGAUGAUUGAAUUACCGUAAUCAUUUUAUUCUGUAAAUCUUUCCCCAUAAAGAUGCUGAGAUUUAAAUAAUAAUAGAAAAAUUAUUAAGAUAGAAUAUUCAAUACCAAAAUGUCUAAAUAAACAAUGUUUGAAUAAGUGAGGUUAAAAUAAGAAAGAUCA